AUUUAUUAUAACUACAUCUAACUUUUUGAAUGAAUUUCAACUUGUGUUAUUUGUUAGAAAAAAAGAGUAAUGAAUGCUUUCAACUUUUUUAAUUUUUUUCCUACAUAUAAGAUCAAUUUCUCAACAUCAAUGUGGAAAAUUAACUUAGAAACUCUGUUAAAGAAAAAUCGGGAUUAAAUUGAAUUAAUGCCUUUUGUACUCAAUUGAGAAAAAUGCAAAAUGGAAGUUGUAUCCUGCAGGGACCAAGUUGUGACUAGGAAGGAAGUUGAGGACCGAAAAGAUAGGUGGACGAAAUUUGUGGAUCGAAGCAUAAAUCCAGCCCCUUCAAAUAUGUUGUCGUUUCACUCAAGCACGGGAAACAAUCGAGGUCAUCUUCCUCCUAGCCCAACCCCACCGUUAAUGCCGUGCGCUGCCAUGGCAAAGUUCUUCACGGCUUAGCCGCUUAAUCCGAUGAUCAGCCCAGCCUUAAUCAAAGACGAAGUUUCGCGGAAGGUACCCUAGCCAAGGCUUGUGUGGGAUUCGGGUAUAAAAGGUGGAUGCACUUGUAAGGAGUGGAAUGGUUAUUGGACUAGGGUCUGGUCAGGCUUCUGGUAUGGCUAUACAAUAUUUGGGUCAGCAACUUUGUGAAGGUUAUUUAAAAGACAUAAUAGGGGUACCUACAUUGGUUUUGCAUUUGAUGACGUUGAUAUCAUAGAGGAAGGAACACUAAUUGCAGUCAUUGGGCACCAAAGAUUGCAAGGUGAGGAGUCCAUAAUCCAAGAGAAGGUUAGUCCACUAUUUCAAUGUCCUGUUUCUGUAGCUUUCUAAUGGAAGAUGAGAACCAUGACAUGAGAAUUUGUAAAAGACAAUGUGAGCUGUAUGAUACUUUGUGACAUUAUUAUACUGAAUUUAUAGAAUCAUAUGGUUUUUUCUUCUAGAGGUUUUGUUACCAUAGGCUGAGUUAAAUCAUUUUGCUUGCAAUCAAUACUAAAUGCAGCUGAUCAGCUUGUGUUCAUGGUCUCAGAAAAUCAAUAUAAAGGUGUUCUAGAU